AUGGAUCCCUCAAAUAAACCAAAUUCAGAAGCCCUUGCUGGAGUUGGACCUGGAGCUGGAGACGAGGAUGAUGUAAAGUCUACCACAUCUCGGGGGAGCGCCAUGUCCAGAGUGUCUUGUGUAAGCGAUACAUCAAGCGUGAAACUAAGAGCAGCGAGGGUGAAGGAGGAGCUGGUGAAUAAGAAAAGGGAGCAGUUCUUACAGGAACAAAGACUAAGACGAGAACAGUUUAAAUUACAACAGGAACAAUUUGAACUGAAUGAAAGAAUAGAACUUCUCAAGAUCGACCAUGACAAGGAAAAUGCCAAGGUUGAAGCCACCAUGUGGCAAGAACAAGUAAAUGAAGAAAGGGCAGAAGCAGGAUUUCCGCCCUUACCUAAGAAGGACUUGGACAAUGUACAAAUUACAGAAAGUUGGUUCUCCACCCAGGGAGAAUCAAAUCAUCAGGGUAAUGUACCAAAUGUUCAAAAGGAUAAUGUAUAUGUUAAAGGUAAUGAACAUGUAAGUACUGGUGUAGUAGGUGAAGGUACUACAACAAUUCAUAAGCCGAGUAAUGAAGGAGUAGGGUUAAGCAGGGGAUACAAUGGUAAUCACCAAGUUAAUAGCCAAGCGCAAGAACAGAAACCCUUCAUACCCAAUCCAUUUCAGACCCCAGUUAAUAACAUGUAUAAUCAUAAUAUGAUGGCAAUGGCUCUAAGUUUGCCAAAGCCAGACAUGCCAACUUUCUCAGGCAAUCCGAUUGAUUAUUGGAAUUUCGUGAAUAGUUUUGAAGUUAAUAUUGCUGACAGAAUUCAUGACAGUAGGUUAAAAUUGUCUUACUUAAUUCAGUUUACCUCAGACAAGGCCAGAGAGGCCAUAGAAAAUUGUGUAUUAUUAGAUCCCGAUACAGGUUAUUCCCGAGCUAGGAUAAUACUACAGGACCAGUUCGGACGGAACUACAUAGUGGCUAGAGCUCACCUGGAGAAGGUCAUCAAUAGAUCACCACUUAGGGCCACGGACAGCCAAGGUCUGUGGGAUCUAGCCAGAGACAUGAGGAGGUGUCAGAUGACAACUUCUCAGAUGGGGUACUCGGCUGAUAUGAGUACAACGGAUACCCUACUGAAGAUUCAACAUCUUCUCCCAGUCCACAUUCAAUCCAAGUGGGCCAGCCGAGCACAUUCACUGAUGGAGCAAUCAGUGAUGCCCAACUUCUCCCAUCUGACAGACUUCAUCGAAGAGUCUGCUAAGGUGGCGAGUAAUGUGUUCGGUAAGAGCGUAGGGCGUCCAGCCGUGCAAGACAAGAAGGCAUCUGCGGGAAAGCCUAGGCCAAAGGUUUCGACCUUUAAUACUACAACAAGCAAGUUUGAGAAACCUAAGGAAUCGAGCUCAUGCCCAUGCUGCUCAGAGAAGCAUGAGCUUGAUAAGUGCCGCAAAUUUAAAGGUCAGUCAGUAGAUGAAAGGUUUGCCUUUGUCAAGUCUAAGGGGCUAUGUUUCAAUUGCCUCAAAUGGUCGCACAUGGCAAAGGGCUGUACAGCUAACCCUAAGUGCAGCAAGGAUGGGUGCAAGAAAAGACACCACACCCUUCUUCACAUGGAGUGGUCCACCAAGGGCAAAGAUAAAGGGCAAGAAACAGGUAAGCAAACUGGGGCCGGGCAAGGAUCUGACUUAGAUAAACAGGCCGACACUAAUGCUGUUGGUGGUCAGAAAGAGGUUUGUCUCCGAGUUUUACCUGUCAAGGUUAGAGGCAAUCGCAGGGAGGUGACAACAUGGGCUUUGCUGGACCAUGGCAGCGAUGUUUCCCUCUGCGAACAGCGUCUUGCAGAUGACCUCGGCAUCCAAGGUAAGGAGACAAACUUCCGACUGACCACGGUGAACAACACUAAUACCCAAAGGGGAGGACAGGAGGUUAGUUUCUCCAUUCAAGGAAUUAAGGACAGGGAUGUAAUUGAUAUGCCCAGGGUGUGGACGGUAGAAUCACUACCAACAACCCAUAGAAGUAUACCAAGGCAACAGGACGUAGAUAGAUGGUCCCAUCUGAAGGGAAUAGAGCUUCCAACAGCUCCCAAGAAGGAUAUCACCUUGCUCAUAGUGAGUGACACCCCAGAGGCCUUCUGGGUCCAGGAAGAAAGGAGGGGAAAGAAGAAAGAACCUUAUGCUAUCCGUUCUCCACUGGGAUGGACAGUCAUGGGCCCCACUGGACGCAGAAGGAAAGGAGCAUUUGAGGUGAACAACAUCUCCUCAAUGGAUGACCAUUUGCAAGAGCAAGUCCAGAGAUUCUGGAAACUGGACUAUGCUCCUGGUGAUGAGAGUGAAAGAUUAGGUGACUCGGUAGAAGACAGGAAGGCUCGUGCCAUGAUGGAAGACACAAUCCGUCUUAUGGAUGGCCAUUAUGAGAUGGGUUUACCUUGGCGUCAAUUCCCUCCGUCUCUACCAAACAACCACAAGAUGGCAGAGUCACGUUUACGAUCUCUAAAGAGAAGACUGGAGAAGGAUGACAGCCUUCACCAGAAGUACACAGAAACUAUGACAAAUUAUUUGUCGAAGGGGUUUGCAAGGGAGGUGGACGAGGACCCUCAAGAGGAGGGCUCUAUCUGGUAUCUACCUCACCACCCAGUGACUCAUCCCUUCAAGCCGGAAAAGGUGCGUGUAGUAUUUGACUGUGCUGCCAAAUACCAAGGAAUCUCCCUUAACAGCCAGUUAUUGAGUGGACCGGAUUACACAAAUAAGCUUGUUGGUGUGCUUCUUCGCUUCAGACAAGAGGAGAUAGCACUGGUGGCAGAUGUGGAGGGUAUGUUCCACCAAGUGAGGGUCACACCCGCCCACACUGAUGCGCUCAGAUUCUUGUGGUGGGAGAACGGCAACACGGACACGACGCCUAAGACGUACAAGAUGCAAGUCCAUCUGUUUGGAGCGACUUCGUCUCCAAGCUGUGCAGGCUUUGCACUCCAAAGGACUGAGGAAGACAACAGGCAGGACUUUGAGCCAGAAGUUUGUCAGAUAGUCAAGGACAAUUUCUAUGUCGAUGACUGCCUGAAGUCUGUUCGCUCUACAGAGGAAGCGAUAAGGCUCAUUCCUCAGUUAUGCAGCCUACUAAGAAAAGGAGGAUUCAGACUAACAAAGUGGGUCAGCAAUGACAAGGAAGUGUUGGAAACAGUCCCUCUUACAGAAAGGGCUGCAUCGGUAGUUGAUCUAGAUUUGGAUCAUCUUCCAAUAGAGAGAACACUUGGAGUCUUAUGGAACAUGGACUCUGACAUGUUUAGCUUCAAGGUUUCUCCCAAGGACGUACCAGCAACAAGAAGGGGUAUACUGUCCGCCACAAGCUCCUUGUAUGAUCCACUUGGAUUUGUGGCACCUUUCACAGUAAAUGCAAAGCUUCUUUUGCAGGAUCUUUGCGCCCAAGGUCUUGGCUGGGACGAGAAGAUCAAGGACCAGGACUUGCAACGCUGGCGAGCCUGGCUGGCUGAGUUACCAGAGUUAACCUCAGUACACAUCCCCAGAUGUUUCAAGCCAUCUGACUUCAAGGACCCUGUCUAUGAUCUCCAUGUGUUCUGUGAUGCGUCAGAAAGAGCAUAUGCAGCAUGUGCCUAUCUACGGAUAGAGGAUUCUGGUCGCACCCACAGUGCACUUGUGAUGGGGAAGACAAGACUUUGUCCUCUGAAGAAGAUGACAAUUCCCAGAUUGGAGCUGUCAGCAGCAGUACUAGCGGUAAAGCUGGGUCGAACCAUCAUGGAAGAACUCAGGCUACCAGUGAGGAGCGUCACAUACUGGACUGACUCUACCUCAGUGCUGCUGUACAUAAGGAAUACCAGUAGGAGAUUCCGUACAUUUGUGGCAAACAGAGUAGCUGUCAUUCAAGAAAAGAGUGACACUUCACAGUGGCGCUACGUUGAUACCAAGAGCAAUCCAGCAGAUGAUGGCUCAAGAGGAUUGCAUGCAGGACAGCUAUCAAGAUGGAUCCAAGGACCAAACUUCCUUCUGAAGCAAGAAGAAGACUGGCCGGAAGCAUUCCUAACUCCGACUGACCAGAGAGUAUUGCCCGCUCAGGACCUCAAGGAUGAUCCUGAGAUGAAGAGGACUAAUGCCAUAUCAAUCAAGCCUCAAGACAGCAUUAGUAAUCUGAUCAGUCGCUAUUCAUCCUGGAAUAGAUUAAAGAGAGGAGUAGCUUGGAUCCUUCGCUUCAAGGCACACUUGAUAGCCCGCACAAAGAAAGGUACAUCUCAGAAGACUACAGAUUUGACACCCUCCGAGUUGUCGGAAGCUGAGCUGGAAAUAGUGAAGUACAUUCAGAAGGAUGCCUUUCCAGCUGAGUUUGAGAAGAACAAGAAGUCAAGGGUUGAACAGUCCUCCAUGAAGAAAUUGAACCCUACCCUAGUUGAUGAUGUCCUUAGGGUAGGAGGGAGAUUGGACAGAUCACCUAUUGACUUUGAUGCCAAACACCCCAUGAUAUUGCCAAGCAACCAUCAUGUGACCAGACUGCUCAUUGAGCACCACCAUCAUGAAGUUGGUCACUCUGGUGCAGGCAUGACAUGGACGGCACUAAGGUCGAAAUAUUGGAUCCUGAAGGGGGGUUCCACUGUUCGACGGAUCAUAGGGAAAUGCAUUCAAUGUAGGAAGAGGAAUGCACCAAGAGGAAGGCAAAUGAUGGCUGACUUGCCGAAAGAAAGAGUGACACCUGGCAGGCCGCCAUUUACCUUCACCGGAGUCGACUACUUCGGGCCAUUCAGUGUUAAGCAAGGACGGAGCCAGCCAAAGAGGUAUGGCUGUAUAUUCACUUGUUUGACAACUAGGGCUGUACAUCUGGAGAUAGCCAACUCCUUGGAUACAGAUUCAUUCAUUAACGCUCUUAGAAGAUUUGUAAAUCGCAGGGGGCUACCUGAGAAAAUCUUUAGCGACAAUGGCACAAACUUCAGAGCAGGACAUAAAGAACUAAAGCAGAGCCUAGCAGAGCUCAACUCAACAAAGGUGGGUCGCUUUCUAACUCAGCGAGGGAUUGAAUGGGCGUUUAAUCCUCCGGGUGCAAGCCACAUGGGUGGUGUUUGGGAAAGAGUAAUCCGGUCAGUUAGGAAGAUAUUGGGAAAUCUUCUCAAGCUUCAGACUGUAACCGACGAAACUCUAAGCACACUCAUGUCUGAAGUAGAAGCAAUCCUAAAUGCUAGACCAUUGACACCCUUAAGCGCGGAUCCUAAAGACGAGGAACCGCUAACUCCAAACCAUCUUCUUCUCAUGAGAAGAAAUCAGUCACUUUCACCAGGGGUAUUUGAUAAGAGUGACUGCUAUACUCGAAGAAGAUGGAGACAAACCCAAUAUCUGGCCGGACAGUUCUGGAGGCGUUGGACAAAGGAAUACCUUCCCUUGCUCCAAGAACGCCAAAGGUGGCUUAAACCACAAAGAAACUUCCAGACUGAUGACCUUGUACUCAUAGCUGAUGACACUGCUCCUCGUGGGCACUGGCCACUAGGUAGAGUGACUAUGACCUACCCAGACAGACACGGACUAGUUAGACAAGUUGAAGUUAGGGUAGGAUCUAAAUACUAUAAACGACCAAUUUCUAAAUUAUGUCUUUUAGAGAGCAACGAUUAG